GAGCACGUGGUGUUGAAAUCAAAACAAAACAGAAAAUCCAAUUAUCCUACCAAAUAGCAGAAACCAAGUAUUUAUUUUGAAAACAAUUGAAUUAGAAGUGGAAAAAUCAGUUUAAAUGGCUCGUAGACAAUGGACCGACCUAGAAAAAAUAUCUCUUUCCUCACCAAUUCUCGAAGUGAUUGAAAGUUUAGGUUUUGAGAAGACUACCCCGGUCCAAAGUGCUACAAUACCAUUACUACUUCAACGAAAAGAUGUCAGUGUCGAGGCAGUAACAGGAUCCGGUAAAACAUUAGCUUUUUUGGUGCCUAUGUUAGAGAUGUUACAACAUCGUCACACUGAGUCGCCCUGGACGUCCAAAGAAAUUGGUGCGUUAAUUAUAUCACCAACACGCGAACUUGCCUUCCAAAUAUCGGAAGUUUUGGACACAUUUUUGGAAAGAAAAGAGUUGAAUUUUUUACGUCAGAAGUUAGUCGUGGGUGGUAGCAGCAUAGAAGAAGACAUUUCGGCGAUUAAAAAAGACAGUCCUUGUAUUUUGGUAUGUACCCCAGGUCGAUUGGAGGAUUUAUUCGAGAGAAAGGGUGAUCUAAACCUUGCGGGCAGAGUAAAAAGUUUGGAGCUGCUUGUGCUGGAUGAAGCUGACCGAUUACUUGAUCUGGGUUUCAAAGCAACCAUCAACAACAUUCUUAGUUACUUGCCUAGACAACGACGUACUGGUCUAUUCUCCGCUACUCAAACACAAGAGCUAACAGAUCUUAUACGCGCCGGUCUUAGGAAUCCUGUUCGAGUUUCGGUUAAGGAAAAAUCCACUAUUAGUACACCAGUGAGGUUGCAGAAUUUUUACAAAGUCGUGCAACCUGAGGAAAAAUUUUUAGCUCUUCUACAUUUCUUACGUUCGCCGCUUACUUCUCGUGGAAAGGUUAUGGUUUUCUUUCCCACUUGCGCAUGUGUAGAAUAUUGGUUAACAGUCAUUACACAUUUUCUACCAAAACGUUGCAUACUGGGAAUUCAUGGCAAAAUGAAAAAUAAACGUAAAAAUACAGUGGAAAAAUUCAGACAGGUGGCGGACGCGGUGUUACUCUCUACCGAUGUAUUAGCACGUGGUCUAGAUGUGCCUGAAAUCGAUUGGGUGGUACAAUGGGAUCCGCCAGCAAGUGCAAGUAGUUUCGUACAUCGUGUGGGACGUACCGCACGGCAGGGCAAUGAAGGAAAUGCGCUAGUGUAUCUCCUACCCACCGAGGAUGCUUACAUUACUUUUCUAAAGAUAAAUCAAAAAGUUGAACUUAAUGAGCUGCAGGAUGUCAAUCACAAUGCCGAUGAACUGGAGCCAACUCUAGAGAAGUUUCAUAAACUACAAUUAAAGGAUAAGGAUAUUUUCGAUAAAGGAACCCGUGCCUUCGUAUCACACGUUCAGGCAUACACAAAGCAUGAGUGUAAUGCGAUUUUGCGUCUAAAAGAUUUGGACUUGGGAAGAGUUGCCACAGCAUAUGGCUUGCUUCAAAUGCCGCGCAUGCCAGAGUUGAAGAAUUGUGAAAAUACGAAUUUUAUUGGACCUAAAUGUGAUGUAGAUAUAACAAAAUUGAGCUAUAAAAAUCCACAAAAGGAAAAAAUACGACAAGAAAAACUCAAGGUCUAUGAAGAAAGUGGCGUAUGGCCAGGGAAGAAAAAAUUCAAGAAACGCACGGAAUCUUGGGAGCAAACCAAAAAGGCGAAAAUGGAUACGAAAACUAAAAAAGAACUUAGAAAAGCGAAGAAACAGCGAAAACUCGAAAGUGGAGCUGUGGGUGAUAAAGCAAAGAAAAGAAAACCGCAAUAUACACAAGAAGAGUUAGAUGAACUAGCAAACGAUAUACGGUUAUUCAAGAAACUGAAGAAAAAUAAAAUUUCCGAAGAGGAUUUUGAUAAAGAAAUGGGUAUUGAGGAUUAGGCAGACAUUAUUUCAAGUUGAACAUUAUUUCUAAGUAAAAAUCUGUUUUGUAAUUUAAUAAAGGUUUUACCACAGUU